UAUAAAAUGAAAACACUUACCUUAAUUGCUUAACUAUUGAGUGAACUCAGAGUUGUUUAAAAAGUUUUAAAAUUACUACGGUGAUUAGUUUUGAGGUGAAACAAUGUCCGUCCGAAAAGUGCCCUUGUUCAUAAUCAGAAACAUGCGUUUGUCUGAUUGCAAUGAAGUGCGAGAAAUAUGGGAAUCGUUGGGAUCGAUGAUCAUUAAGUGUGGCAAUGAAGUGAUGCUCAAAACGGAUCCAAACGGUAUAUUCGUUGUCGAGGAGUCUAAUACAGAAAAACUUUUGGGAUUCGUGAGUGCCGUGAAAUUGUCGCCUGAAUUGUCAUUUAUAGGCGGCUAUUGUAUCCGAAAGGAAUACCAGCGCUUAGGUAUCGGUAAAACACUUUGGGAUAAAGCGAUGGCAUAUAUGGGCGACACUAAUAUCGGACUCUUUGCCGCCAAUCAGAAGAUGUUUGACAUAUACCGAGAUCUCUAUGAUUUCAAAUGCAUUCCCAAUAAACUGUUAAUCCAUAUGAGAGGACAACUGAUGCUAAGCAAAGACAUUAUGACUGAAAUCCCGGGAAUCUCUUUGGUUGCUAUCAAUGAAGACAACAUUGAAGAUGUGAUUAAUUACGAUAAGAAAGUAUGCGAUGGUUUGGACAGAAGUGUAAUGUUGUCAGCGCUCUAUAAAGUACCCGAAAAUAUACAUUUAGUGGCCAUUAAUGCCAGGAAUGAGGUGUUGGGCUAUUGUUUCAUUGUAGACACGGCUACAGGUGUGACAGGUAUAUGUCCCCUCUAUGCAGAUAAUGAACAAAUCGCUGAGUUAUUGGCCGCCAAAUGCUGUCAACGUUUGCCACAAAAUAAAACGAAAGAUAUUUUGAUGAUCACAACCUUAACGUUGAGAUUUCCUUUCGCGGAGAAGUUGUGCCAAACUAUUGCUAAGGAAAUGAGUGGUAAUCAGCGGAAGCCGUCAUAUAUUAUCCGCAAAACCCAAUUGUCUGACUGCGAGGAAGUCCGACAGAUCUGGAAUUCAGUCGGGUUUCAGUUCUUCAGGUUUGGCAAUGAAGUGAUGCUCCAAACGGAUCCAAACGGCAUAUUUGUGGCUCAGGACACCGAUUCCGGUCAAAUAUUAGGCUCCUGUAGUGGUGUUAAUCUCUCUCCUGACCUGUCGUUUGUGGGUCAGUACGCCGUCCGACAUGAAUACCAGGGGUUAGGCAUAGGAAAGGCACUCUUUGAUACGGUUUCGGAGCACAUGGGCGACAGGAAUGCCUCACUAUUUGCUGCCAAUCAGAAGAUGUUUGAGACCUAUCGCGACAAAAAUGGAUAUAAAGCUAUUCCCCAAAAACGUAUACUUCAUAUGAAAGGACGGUUUAGUCCAAAGGGUCUCAUCGAUAGACCGUUUAGUCCAAAGGGUCUCAUCGAUAGUAUUGAUGGCAUCUCUUUGGUUGCCAUCAAUGAAGACAAUAUUGAGGAUGUGAUUCAAUACGAUAGAGAAGUGUGCGAUGGAGUGGACAGGAGUGCGAUGCUGUCGGCGACCUAUAAAACUGGAGAUAAUAUCAAUUUAGUGGCCAUUAAUGAUAGAAAUCAAGUGUUGGGCUAUUGUUUCGUAAUGGAGGCGAGUUCAGGCAUCACAACCGUUGCACCACUUUAUGCCGACAACGCAGACAUCGCUGAGUUAUUGGUGGCCGAGUGUUGUCAACGUUUGCCACCAAAUAAGAGGAAUCAAUUGUUAUACCUUUGCUGGGAUUCAAAUCAUAAGUCGAUAGCGAUUGCAAAUAAAUUAGGAUUAAGUCGAGUGAGGGAUCAGCCAAUUCUGUUCCAGAAGAGGGUUGUGGACGGAAAUCUGGAUAAAAUAUUUUCCAUCACU